AUGACAAAUGGGAAAAACGAAUUCCGUUCUGCAGUUGAACAAAUUGACCGUUUACCAACAUAUAUAGUACCCACGAAUUAUAACAUCAAGUUGAUACCAAAUUUCGGACAGAACUAUACGUUAGAAGGCGAAACCAGUACCAGGAUCCAUAUUUAUAAAAAAACGCAAUGUAUACAUUUACAUCAAUAUUUUUUGUUUAUAUUUAAUACGCCCACAUUGAUUAACGAGGAUAACGGCAACAGCUAUGAGAUAUUAUGGGAACAACAUAUGUAUAAUUCUACAUCGCAUAUAUUAACAUUUUACCUCACGGAGGCUCUCUCGCCUGGGUUUUAUAUUCUGAAUAUGAAAUUCUACGGUAUGCCGGUUCAUCCCAAGGAAAAUGUUUUAACAUUUGCACUUACAAAAAGAAUACGAGGUGUAAUAUGGUUAAACGCAGUGCAUUUUCAACCUAUUAGGGGCCGACGACUAUUUCCAUGUUGGGAUGAACCAGCAUUUAAAACCACUUUUAAGAUUUCCAUAAAGCAUCAUAAAGAAUACAUGGCUUUGUCGAAUAUGCCGAGUCAAACCUUCGAGCUUGCGGAUAAUAAUAUGAUUUGGACACAUUUUCACCCUACUCCGUUAAUGUCAACAUACCGUGUGGCAGUUGUGCUGGCUACUUUUCCCUUUGAUGGUAUUAACGCAUUUCACUUCGAACGUGAAACUGUAUGGUGCAGAAAAUAUUCCGCACCAUAUACAAAAUUUGUGAAGACUAUAUUUACACGUGUUACAUCGCAUUUAAGAAUUAGGUUCAAUAUAAAAAUCGCAAAAUUAGAUCACGUUGUUCUGCCAGAAUCCAAAAGUAUGUGGAAUUGGUAUUUGCGAGAUGGCAUGUCGCAAUGGGGAUUUAUUUUUUAUAGGGAAAGGAGAAUUAUGUAUAAUGAAGCUAUAGAUCCUCCUUCACAUAAAAUAGAAGUUACGCGAUUAGUGACAUAUGAACUAGCACAUCAUUGGUCGAGUAAUUUCAUCACAUUAUCUUCGUGGUCUUAUUUAUGGAUAACCGAUGGUAUUGCAGGAUUGCUUACAGUAGAUGCUAUUAAUAAGAUUUUGACAGGUUCUCCGCUAUCAGAUUUAUUUAUGGUUCAGAUUCAACAUGAUUCUCUUAACUUGGAUACCCACUCCCUUAUGAAACCUCUUCAACGAAAAAUUAAUGACAUUGCUGAUAUUGAUUUGCAUUUUAUUUCUGUUUCUUAUAUCAAAGCACCUGUUAUAUUUCGUAUGCUUCAACAUAUACUUACUGAUGUGGUAUUUUGGGAGGGGAUCAAUAAGUAUUUAAACAUGAAAUUUAGUCAACUUAGCUCUCAAAGCUCUGCCUCUGUUUUAUGGACCACUAUGCAAAGUGCUCAAACUAAAUCGAGUUCUAAGUACCUGCCUAACUUAAUAAGCAUAAUGCGUAAUUGGACAAUGGCGAGUCAGUACCCUGUGGUAAAUGUGAUUCGAGAGAGCUGGAGUGGCAAUAUAAUAAUAUCACAGGGAAAAAACACAUGGUGGGUACCUAUAACUUAUACUACACGAACAGAACUCAAUUUCAAUGACACUGUGCCUCGCCAUUGGCUAACCCCAGAUGUUCAGGAAAUAAUUAUUUCAAAUAUUGCACAAUUUGAUUGGAUUAUAUUGAACUUGCAACAAACUGGCUACUAUCGCGUUAAUUAUGAACUAACAAUGUGGCAAAAAAUCGCCUAUUAUUUAAAUUCUGACAAUUAUAAAAACAUACAUGUUCUCAAUCGUGCUCAAAUUCUUGACGAUGCGUUUUACCUUGUAAUAGAAGAGAAAUCAUUAAAUUUGUCUACAUUUUGGAAACUUAGCCAUUAUCUAUCGCGAGAGACAGACUAUGUAGCAUGGUAUCCUAUGAUCAAAGCUUUUGAAUAUCUGUCAAUUUUUAUUCCAUUUUCGAAAAUUGGACUGGAGAAAGAAAUGCGUAUAAUUUUGCCUACGCUUUUUAAGGAAAUAGGAUAUCAAGAAAUUACUAAUGAAGAUGAUUUUACUAAAUAUUUAAGACAAGAAAUUGCAAAGUGGGCAUGUGUGCUCGGUGACUCCGAUUGCAGAAUUAAUGCCGCAUCUAAACUGGAAUGGCACAUUACAAAUCCUGAAAAGCACAAAAUUUUACCAUGGUGGAAAGAAUGGACAUUCUGUAAUGGUUUGAUAAAAGCAAACGGUUCUACUUGGAUGAAAAUGAUGGAUAUAUUUAAAAGGGAUCAUGAUAUACAAAUUUUAGAAUACUUGACCUGCUCUGAAAAUCCUAAUAUUAUUCAAAUAUAUUUAAAUAAGAUAACAGAAAAUAUGUCACUAGAAAUUAAUGAUCGUGUUAAUAUUUUCCUUCGUAUUAUCGCAAAGCAUGCAAAGAACAUUGAAAUAUUGAAAUAUAUAUUGGAGAAUUUCGAAAAAAUAAAACCCAGAGAAGUCAAUGUGUUUGCAGCAUUAACUGUUAUUCUUAAUCAUGGAAAUAUUGAAAAGCAAAAAAACAGGAUACAGAAAAUUAUGUCAAGUGAUUAUCCGAAGGAAAACGUUAUGCGUAAUACAGAAAAACCGGAAAUACCAAUAAAUGAAAGUGCCAUAGAAGAGAUACAGAAAAUUAUGUCAAGUGAUUCGAAGGGAAACGUUAUGCGUAAUACAGAAAAACCGGAAAUACCAGCAAAUAAAAGUGUCAAAGAAGAGGAUGUCCCGUAA